UACUGUACCAAGGUCGGUAACCGUCUCGCAAUAGAUGGAGAGUCUCGAUAAUCUCAGUUUUGACAAAUAUACAUUACAGCAAAAAUCGACAGUUUGCUUGGUAAAAUAUUUACUGGCUACUCAUGAUUUUGUAAUUGGUAGUUUUGUUUAUUAAUAUACAGAUCCAGCAGUAAAAGUAGACGAUUUUGACAUGAACAAAAUGUUCUAUGGUAAUCGAACUCAACGUGUGAGCUUUGACAGAAUUUCACUAGAAAUCUGAUAUCACUAUCAUUCGGCCUUCUGACAGCUCGUUUACAACCUAAGUCCUGCAAAGUCAUCAUUUUGAAAUGAAUUAGCUUUCAUCAUCUCAAACCGUUUCAAGUACGAUUCAGAUGAUCAGUCAACUUUUGUCAACGUUAACGGGACUUUGCCGUUCGUUGAAAUUUCAUUUAUGGCUUUCAUUAUUAAAACAUGUACACGUGCCGGACAUAAAAACGUUUCGUGAGGUUGACAUAGCCAUUGUCUGUCACUUGAUAAAGGGUGAUUUUUUAGAGGUAUAGGAUUUGAUUAUCAAAAAUUACAUAAAUAAUUUUAAAUCCUUAUUGGAAUCGUUAGAACGAUCAAUAAUAUUUAAUGUUUGAAGAUGCGCAAGGUCCAAUUUUUGCAGACUUUUUUCAACACAUCGGCCAGUAUUUCACGAAUAAAUGUUUCAAUAUUGGCUUCCAGUGCGUCAAUCGGUGCUGGUUUAUCCUUGUAGACAUUAGCCCUAACAAAAAUAACACAAUUUUUCCAUAAAAAAGUGGAUCUUCCUCCAACUUUGCCAGCGCCCAUUCAUGAUUAAACUAUAGGCCAAAGGACGAUUCAUGAAUAAAUUAUAGAGCAAACUGAACAAAUUUGACAAUGACACAAGAUACGAUACGAUGAUCUGUCAAAAACAGUGUUGCCAAAAAGAAAUCAACGAAAAAUCACCCUUUAUAACGUGUUAAGCGUACUUUAGCCGAAUAACAUCCGAUGUUUGUUUUCUUCAUGAAAUACCCCUAUGGUUUUGAGUUUUAUCUUAGUUUUGAUGAUUUGUUGCUAGGCUACAGAAAGCCUUAUUGUUCUCUGAACAGAAUAAGCCUACACUGCCCAUACUUGCAAAUCAGUUCCAUAUUGAAAAUGGACAAGUUGAGAAAAAGGUGAAUUGAUGAAAAAUUUGAUCCUUGAUACUAUUGAAUCACAUAGAAUCUGGAAUAAAAUUUUGCAUUUUUUGUUAAUCGUUUAUACAAGAUCUGUUACGCCAUAUGCGAGUACUUUUGUCAACGAGCGAAAAGUUAUGGCAAAAGAGAUGAAUUUUUCCCUAAAGUUGUUUGUUUGGCGGAUGAAUUUGUGGGUAUGAAUGGGAGCAAUAUGUUGAGUCUUUCCACGCUUUGGGAGCGGUUCAUCGCGUGCAGUCCACUCAGCUGACUGUCGAUUGGACUCCGGAGUGAAGUGAUGGAGCCAUGUUUCGUCCAUUUUUAUAUAUCGACGAAAAAAGUCGGUUUUAUUUCGAUAUAACAGCUCCAAACACUGCUCAGAAUCAUCAAUUCGUUGUUGUUUUUGAUCGAUUGUGAGCUCACGCGGCACCAAUUUUGCACAAAGCUUUCUCAUAUCCAAAUAUUCGUGAAUAAUAUGUCCAACACGUUCCUUUGAUAUCUUUAGGGUGUGAGCUAUCUCGAUCAACUUCACUUUACGGUUAUUGAACAUCAUUUUUUUCACGUUUUCAUCGGUAACAGCCUCUUUUGGACGUCCACUACGUUCAUCGUCUUCGGUGCUCAUAUGACCAGUACGAAAUUUUGCAAACCACUUACGAAUUGUUGCUUCGCCCGGUGCAGAGUCUGGAUAACACUCAUCAAGUCAUUUUUUGGUAUCGGCGUCACUUUUUUUCAUCAAAAAGUAGUGUUUCAUCAACACACGAAAUUCCUUUUUUCCAUUUUUUUCAUAAUAACAAAAGUAGCUACACUCAAAAUGCAAUAUCUCACAAACUAAUAAUCUGACAGCUGUCAAAUUUAUACACGUAUCUUUUGAAGGUUGGUACUAACUGAAAAUGGUAUGGAUUUAAUUCUAGUGGCGCCCUCUAAUAGAAACGAUACGAACUCUUCAGCCGAUCAGUUAUUUUGGCCCACUUUAAGAUUGAUUUUAUUUUGGUCCAUUUUGUAAAAAUAUCCAUCAAAUGUUGUAAUAUCUUCGAAAAAACCCUUCCGCAAUAACUAAUUUAAUGUGAUUAACUUCAAACUGAUGCAACAUGGGUUACUUAACAUCGAUUAAAUCCAUAAAGUUUGUUAGGUGGGCCAAAAUAUAUGAAGUGACCAAAAUACCUGUUACUCUAUUACAUUUGAUUACUAUUGUUGGUACUUCCGCAACCAAAAGCUGGAUAUCGACAUAGUGACAUUCGGUUCAUUCAACCAUACACUAAUAUGACUGACAAAUUCAUAUACGAUUCUCUAUGAAGACUUGAAUUUUGGAAAAUAAAUGUACCGGUAGUCAGACUUGAAUAAAAUUCAGCAGAUCUUUUAUGGGAUUAUCAAUGGUUGGUUUAUUUGGUUACAUACUCUCAUGGUCGUCAAACUAGAAAAAUUAACCAGCAAAUAUAAAGAGAAAGCUUAUGAAAAAAUUCUUGAAAGUGACAUUUUUACACUAAGCGCUCUACCUCUGGAAGCAGGGGUUUAAGCCGAAUGAAAACUGGAAUAUUCUUAUAGAGAACCUUUCAUUUGAAUCUAAGUUUGUCAAAAUCGGUUCAGUCAUUUCCGAGAAAAGUGAAUGAUAUUAUUUUCACAUUUUGGGUGCAUAACACCCUGUGAUUCCGGAACCAGUAGUUGGAUCCAAACGAAAUUCCGGAACUUUUUUUAUGAUAUCAUAAGACCUUUUAUUUGAAUCUAAGUUUGUGAAAAUCGAUUUAGCCAUCUCCGAGAAAAGUGAGUGACAAUAUUUGUCACACACACACAUACAUACACACACAGACAUUUGCUCAUCUCGUCGAGCUGAGUCGAAUGGUAUAUGACAAAGUACGGUUCAAAAGUUGGUUUUUUCAGUGAUUGUAUAGUCUUUCUAUAUCCCAAGUAACAAUUCGAAUGCCUAAUGGUUUUGAUUAUAAUUUAUAGGAGUUUUGUAAUUGAUUUUUCAAUCACUACCUGUUUUAUGGCGACUAUAAUAAAUGUCUCUUUUGACAAGUAAUAUCAUAGUUUUUAGAGCUUCUAUAAAACCCUUUACCAAGACUAACAACUGGACUAAGAAUAAAACAAUGUGUACUAGAAUAAAACCAUGCAAACACUCUUAAUAUUGCUUUCAAACAUUUUCUUCAAAACAUUAUUGUCAGUUAAAUUCUUUCAUAAAUCUAGUUUUGUGUGUGUGCGUGUUCAUUAGAUGGCAGUUUCACUCAGAGCAAUUUUGAGGGUUCUAAAGUACAUUUAUGACACAUUUUUGGUAGGCUAUUUAAUUUAUUGCUUCUUAGGUUAAGUGGAAUUUGCAUUUAAGCAAAUUUCAUGGCCGCCAUUAUGAUGUCCUAUACCGUAGCAUUUAUAGACAUUAAAUAAACUUCGAAAUGCAAAAACGAGGAAAAAUGAUGGGCUUUCAUGAUUCAUUUUCAGACCGUAUACGCAAGUUUUAACGCCACGAAACAGUGUUAUACAAAAAUGACGAAGAAUCACAAAAAAUAUUUUUUAUGAAUCAUGGAGAUUUUCGCAAAAACCGCAUUUAUUUCAAGGCGAUUAGUUAUAAUUAUUUUUUUAUCCAUACAUUCACGAUAAAAAUAAAACCGCAUGAAGUUUCAACGUUCGGAAAAAGUCUCAAACACGUAAAUAAAAUCUAAUAUUUUCUUACUGAUUGCAUUGAAAGCAGACAUGACACACACAUAGUCAAGAAAAAUAUCAUCAAAACGACAUUUUAUUCAUAGCGGAAUUAAUUCCUUCUGAAUAAAUUUAAUGUUGAUCGUAAAGCUGGUUUCAAAAUUUUCUUGAAUUUGGAGUUUUAACGCAGGUUUAUGCUAAUUCUUCACUUUGCUUUAUAAACCUUAUGAAGAAUUGUCCACUUGGCAGGAACAUGCUCUCAUAGAGGUUUUCAGUAGGCUUUCGUGGAGUUUAAAGUUUUAAUAAAGAUUCAUUAUGUAGCAUUGAAGACAGCUACAAGUAUUUAUUAUUAUUAUUAAAAUUGUUACUUGGGUAUGAGAAAGGCAAAACAUGUCCAAUCACAAAGCAUGUUAUGCAGCGGAUUAAAAACGAUUAUCCAAUUUAGCUUGAACGUCAUACAUAGAAGUAACAGGAGCGCAGGAUUUUCUUACGCCAAUUCAUUCUCACAACACUAUACAUCAUGUAUAAUGAACGUCACAUCACAUAUACGUAUUUCGAAUACAAUUUAUAUUCAUCUUCCGUGUAUUAGGUUUUUUAAAUUAUUUAUUUAUAUGUCAUAUGAACAAGCUCCUAAAGAACACCAUUUAUAUCUGUUUUCUUUGAUAAAAAUCUAUGUUUUUCUGCAAGGGGCAGGGUUUGUUUGUUCAAAGUACACAUAGUCUCAUAAUUUCAUUUAUUUAAAAAAUUAACUUCGAAAUGCAGCCAACUCAGCCAGAAUUUUUUUUCCAUUUUUUUUUUGUUUUGACGUGAAACUAUCAUCAGCUACACACUUAGAAAAUUUCGCAGAAUUCGGUAAUUUUUUACCGAAUUUUCAACAGCUGAACGUUCGGUAAUCAGUUCGGUAAUACAAUUGAUUACCGAUCGUUCGGUAAUUGCUGAACUGUCAAACAACUACCGUAAACUGUAAACCAAAUGGAUCUAACUGAUUGUUCGGUAAUUUGUUGUUUGUUUGUUUUCCUCUGGUUAAAAUUGUUUUAUUUUCGCAUUUCAUAAAACAACACAUGUUCACAAAAAUGAAUGAAAAAAAUUGAAUUGAACCUGUUGUGGCUAUGGUUUUAUUCCACCUUUCAAAACUGCCGAAUCCAUCGAGUUCACCAGAAAUUACACUCGAACGAUUUGUGUAGGCAGCAAGUGGACAAGUGAUACAAAAUUAUUUUCUGCCUAUAAGGAAACAAAAAGCUUUUAGUGAUUCUAAUGGUAUCUUUUUUCGGUUUGUGUAUCUCGAAUAAAUGAGAAAUUUGGCAACAUUUCAAGAUCAAGAGAUUUUCAUAACUUGUAAAAAUAGAUUAAAAUUUAGUACUAAAUUUUGGUCUAUGUGGUUUAUGAUCGGUUCCUCAGUUGUACAAUCAGUAGAAAAAUACAGGAGAGCUACUUGUGCAAGGCAUCACAGAGAGGUACGCUUCUUUUGCGUUUUUUGCUUUCAAAUUUAUAUAGUCAUCCAGAACUAACAAAUCAUCGUGCGUUCCCUUCAAAAAGGAUUCUUCACUCAUCGCGCCAGAAUUCAUCCCUGCAACCACAAUUCCUCGUUCCUACCGCUAGUGCAAAGCUGGAGCAGUCCGUGUGAACUUCCACUGCUGAGUAAGCCGUUUCCCUACAUCGUCAGUGAGGUUGUUUACCUUACAGCUGAUGGGAACAAAGUGCAAUCAAUCGGAUGAUGCAGCUGGAAAAGUUCUGAUCAAUGCGCAAGCGUGCACAUACUCUCAGCAGUUUCUCAAUCAAAACAAGCAUUUACCGCUGUGUUUGGUAACAGAUUUCCGGUUGGUUGUGUUUACGGAAUCAUUUUCUUUUUCAAUUUGUCAAAAGAUAAAUUAGCUGUGGAAUUGUCAAUCGAGCGUCUUCCUUAGAGGUUUCCAUUACGAACGGGUCACCUACUUCGAUUAGAAGUGCAACAGCUGCACUCAUUCCUGUUAGAGGCAUUUUUCCUGUGAGAGAUUUCGCCCUCAAAACGUCAAAGUUAGAGAAUCCCUUUUCUCGUGAGUCGUGGUCGGUUAUUUGGGGCAAACAUUUCACGGCUGCCGUAAACAAUACUCAAUUUUUACAAUUUGUUAAAUAGUUUUUUUUAUAUAGAAAAAGACUAUACAUUAACACAUAGAAACUGAAUUUAGUCCUGGGGUAUAUGUGGAUUUCGCAAUACUAUAAAAAAUUCAGAAUCACUCUUGCCCCAUUAUCCCAGCAUUGAUUGACUCACUCAUUCAUAGAUGUAUUACAACGAGAAACUCCCCUUUUUCGUGUGAAUUUUCCACGCUAGUUUUAGUGAGCGAAAACUUUUCAUUCGAUUCGGUUUGUUAGCAGUGUUCCAAUGCGGGAAAUUUUUGUACAGCGAAAGUACCUUAGUUAAUUUUAACAGCUUUUCGGCUAGGAAUUCUGGAUGAAGAAUUGCGUCGACUGAAAAAAACAAAGCAACAAGCAGUCGGAAAAUCUACACUUUCCGCUACGGCCACUAGAGUCUGGUUAUGUUUUUGCUCUGAUCUGACACGCAUUUAUGAAGUACCUACACUUCGAGGAUUAGGUUUCUAUUUCUUUUUAUGUGUUGUUUGGAACAUUCGCGUUUUCGCUGGAAAAUAAAUACGCCUCGAGUGAAAAGUGUCGGAACGUAAGUGCCAAUGCACAAUUUAAUGUACUCCCGCAAAAACGGCACAGAUUUAUUCGUUUGAGUGAAAACUGUUCGCUUCCAGAGCAGCAACCCGUAAACUCGAUGUGAUUUCACGAAGAAGACAGCAUGAGCUACGUUGCCGAGGAAAAAAUUAAGCUGGCCGGUGAGGAUUCUAAAGACCGGCUGUACGAGGCCAAACAGAACCAGAAAGCGAUCCGGAUCCUAACCGUUGCGGCAUACGUGCUUUGCGUUUCGCUGGUGGCCAUCAUGCUAUCGCUGUACUACAUCUUCCUGUGGGACCCAAGCUCAAAUCAGGCGAUCGUGAAAACACAAACCGUUGACAACAUCGUUAUCCCGGACCACUUGGCAGUUCAGCUGGCAAACCGGAGCGAAGUACCGGCAGAACUGUUCUACACCAACCUCUAUCGGAAUCUAAUCCACAGCAAAACCAUCAAAGCCCGCAAAUCGGCUGCCAUCAACGAGUCGUCCAACCUGACUCGACUCAUCCAGCAAUAUCGCCGACUGCGGGAUCAAUCAAGUGAAAAUCUUUCCAGGGAGGAUGACAAAUUCCCAUUGCACGAAACGGUCGUUGUGCCCGCGGUUGCCCAGCCAACCGGACAAUCACCGGAUAUUAUGAUAGCCGAUGAGGACGAUGGUGGCGAUGAUUACGAACAAAGCGGAAACUACGGACUGUAUUCUAAUCACACAACCAUUCAGCUGGAUCCGGAUGAAUUGCAGCAGUAGACUAAUGGGUAAAAGCUAACGAAGGAUUUGCUGACCACCACUGAUCUCAAAAUUUGCGUUGCACCACAAUGGCUACUAUUUUAUAUGAACCUUCAAUACUCACGAAACGGAAACUAAACAAGCACGGGAUUCGAGUAAGAGUAGAAUCUGGUUAGAAUUAAAAACAUUAAAUACUUGAAAUUGUGGCCUAAAUUUGAAAAUAUUACCCUUAAAUAAACUGUCCUAAAAAGGGUAGACAAAUAUGCUUUAAACGAACUUCUGUGACCAAGUAACGAGUUUUAAACUAUAAUUAUUUAAACGAUUGAUUACAUACUAAAAUUAACCCUUUACCUCCCACAUUGUCGCACAUCUACAUCUCACUAGGAUUUAUCGAUCGUCCACACGAAUUUGAAGUUAUUUGAACACACACACACACUCUAUCACACAUACACUAACCGCAUGGUGAAGUUUUAACACGUUCUCAUUUUGAGAGCAGAAUAGCUCUUGUCAAAUAGUUACAUUAUUUAUCUACUGAAUAGUAUUACUUGUACUAACACAGCUCGGUACAGGAUAAGAUAACUAGCAGAAACAAAACUAGUUGAAAUUGCUAUGCGACAUUUUACUGUUUGUUAAGUUUAUGUGAAAGUACCAAAGAAAAAUAAAGAUUUUAAUUAAAUGA